GCUGGAGAGAGAGAGAGAGAGAGAGAGAGAGCGGCAGUGUUUACGUGAAUCAGCUGACAGGGUGGGGCGGGGCAGCACACCUGGGCCACUCCUCUCUCUCCCUUCAUGACCGUCGCUGCAGUAUGAGCGUGUGGCGUGCUGGGACCAAGGCACACACCCCAUACCCACACCCCGCAGCGCUCGCAGGACACGCAGGAGCCACAGCACGCCUCGUAGCACCAUGGCAGCCACGUACGCAGCGCAACAUUUCCUGGUGGUAAUUUUCCUAGUAACAGGUGUUCUGCUGAUGGUCUCACCUGUAGCCUUGGGGUCCCCAGGUGAGGGGGUAAUGAGUGAAGUAGCAAUUAAUGCCAGCAAGUGUACAUUCAACACUCAAGAUGUGGCUCUGCAGUUCACCAGUGUUGAUAAUGUUACUCUUUCCAAGUCUGGAGUGUUGCUAGAGAAUGUAACACUGUUUUUCGCUCUAAACGGGGAUGACAUACUGAAGGAGGUGCCUAACAUAACCUUAACUCCCGGGAGUGCUAAUCAGAGCUUUACCAUCACGCUGGAGCCCUCAGGAGUUGGCCACACAACCUUGGUGGUGAAUGCUACCCCGCCAAAUAUGACUGAUGUGUCCAAUGCGUAUGUGCGUGUGUUCGUGUCUCACUCCAAGGAGCUGGACUACUUCAGCGAUGUGGUGGGCUGGAUUUACUUUGUGGCCUGGUCUGUGUCAUUCUACCCACAGACAUACAGCAACUGGAGACGAAGGAGUGUCAUUGGCUUCCAUUUUGACUUCCUCUCUCUUAAUGUUGUGGGGUUCUUUAUGUACAGUGUAUUUAACAUCUGCCUGUACUGGAGCUCCAUCAUACAGGCCCAGUACUUCCACCGGCACCCUUAUGGUGUCAACCCGGUGCAGCUAAAUGACGUCAUCUUCUCCGUUCACGCCUUUGUUGCCUGCAUGAUUCAAGUCUUCCAGUGCUGCGUGUACGAGAGAGGUGACCAGCAUGUGUCCAAGACUGCUAAGGUGAUUCUAGGAGUCAUAGCCUUGGUGACAGGGGUGAUGGUGGUGCUCGGUGCGGCGGUGGUGGUGCAGUGGCUGGAUUUCCUCUACUAUGUCUCUUAUGUCAAGCUCUUCAUCACCCUCAUCAAGUAUAUUCCACAGGCUUACUACAACUACCAACGAAAGAGCACAUCAGGCUGGAGCAUUGGCAACAUCCUCCUGGACUUCACUGGUGGCACUCUGUCCAUCGCGCAAAUGUUCAUCCUCGCUUACAACUACCACGACUGGGGCUCCAUCUUUGGCGACCCUACCAAGUUUGGUUUGGGUCUGUUUUCAGUAGUUUUUGACAUCUUCUUCAUGAUCCAGCAUUAUAUUUUGUACCGGGGGAAUGGUGACGGCAGUGGGUAUCAUGGUAACCUCCUAGCCUCUCCACAGUUAACCCACAGCAGCUCCUUGACUGAAUCCGUUUCCUCAGUUGAUUACGGAGCGACAGGGAGCAUCCAUUGACUCCCGGCUACUCCCUCGUCCUCGUCCUUGUCCUCUUCCCUGUCUUCGUCAACCUUCAGGACCUCCUUCCUCUCGUCCACUUUCUCCUCGUCCUUCAAAAGCUCGCUCCUCCCAUCUUCAUCUUCCACUGUCUCGCCUCUAUCAUCUAUUCCUUCAUUUGAAUCGUCUUUUAAGAGUUACCGGGCAUAGUUUUUUUCUGCUCAGUCUUUGUUAUUUCAUGUCUUGUUUUUUCUUUUCAAUGUUUUAUUCUUGUUUUUUCCUUGUUCCUCUUCACAAUUUUCCUGACUGUCUUUGUUUUUUACCUAAUUAUUUUCUUCAUUGUCUUAUUUCUUGGUUCUCAUCUUUUUUGUCUGUUUUAUUUCUCUUUGAUUUAUUUUCCUUUGCUAAACAAUCUUAUCUCUCUCUUACCUUACACCUUCACACUCUUCCCCUUCUAAUGUCCUUUCUCUUAUCCUCCUUUUCCUCUUCUCUUUCACUAUAUAUCUCCUCUAUCAUCAUAUUUUCCUUUAUCUUCUGUUUCUCUCUCAGUCAUCUUCCUUUGCCUCUUUCCCCCUCUCUCUUUUUGUCCUAUCUCCUUCCCAUCUGGGCCUCCUUUUUCAUACAGGAAGAGGGAGUGUAGCUGUUGCUCUUGUCACUCCAGUCUCCAAGCCAAAGAUGUGUCUAGUACCUUGACUCAAGAUGCUGUGUGUGUUGAAUUUCUUACCUUGACUUGUCUUCUCUUUUGCCUCACUGGGAUUAUUCUGAAGAUUGGUGAGGAAUGAUACCUGAAGUGUUGUUAUUAUUGUUGUUUUUUAUCAUUAGCUCUAAAGAAGUAGAAGUUUGGUAAGGUAUGUGAUAUGUAAUGUGAUCUUUAUUCUUUUUUUUUUCAGUUUGAUGAAUUAUAUAAUAAGACUUUUUUCUUCUUUUUCUUUAUUAUUCUUAUUUCUUAUGUCUGAAAAUAAGACUUGAGUUUUUCUUAUGUAUUAAUCAUUUUUUCAUUGCAUGUGAGAAUGUUUUGGAAGUCUAUUGAAAUGUAAAUUAUAUGGUCUGUUCUUUUCUUCUUUUUAUUAACUAGAAAAGUGAGCAUUUGGUGAAAUGUACAUAACGAGACCUGACCUUUUUUCCCUUUUUCUCUCCCUUUUUCUAUAUGUUAUAUUUGCACUUUUUUUUUUUAUGCAAGUGAUGAUGGUUUUGGACUGUUAUGUUGUUUGUUCAUUAUUUGUUAUUGUUGCCAUUUGGUAAGGAUUAAGAUAUAUAAAGAGGGUGAAUUUGGAGUGUGUGUGUGUGUGUGUGUGUGUGUGUGUGUGUGUGUGUGUGUGCGUACAUGUGUGUAUGUACAUACCUUACCUGAUGUUACCUAACCUAUCCUUAAAAAAAGUUACGGUAGAUUAUAUUAGAGAAAGAAAGAAAAAAAAUGAGAUCAAAAUGUUAAAAUUGCAGGGGACAGACUAAUUAAUCAAAAUGCAACUUGAAAACAGUAUAAUUAAACAGAAAAAUAGUGUGAAAGGUAAACUGAACUAAAAGAGAGAAAGAGAGAGAGAGAUACCAUUGCAACAACAUUUUAAUACAACACUUGGUUAUCUUUAUUAUCACAAAGAUAUUACCUGUGUUGACUUGACUGAUUGACAAAUGGGAUGUAUCUUAGUCUAAUCACUUCUAUUUGUGGUUUUAGUUUCCACUGUUCUAAGUAAGAGCAGAAGGUUGUUAAGUGUUUCGUAGUAUGUAUUAAGUUUUUGGUAGUGUUAUUAAGAGACACCACUUGAUACACUAACUCAGUCUUAUAUCAGUACAGUGUAUAGUUAAGAUCAAACUGCAUUUUUAUUUUUUUUAUUUUUAUUUUUAUUUUUAUUUUUUAUUUUUUUUUUUUUACCCUCUGGUGGUAUAAGUAAUAGGGUGUUAUGAAUAUUAUCUUUCAGAAACUUGAUGAUACAUUGACCUGAUUCACGAUUGUUUACUCCUAAUGUUAAUUUGGGAAGUUUGGUCAGUAAAGUAAGGCCAGAUUAUAGUGUUAAGGAACAUUAUAUUUACUUCAGAAACAUCACUACCUUACCUAACCUGAGAUAACAUAACCUAAUGCAACUUCAAUGUAAAUUAAGCUCUAUAAUCUAACAAUACCUAACAUAUCUGACAUGGCAUAACUUUACCUAACUUAACCAAACCUAACCUAAUCUUUAUCCAACCAAAUCUUAACUCAUCCAACAUAAUCUGACUUCCUAACCUAACCUAACAUAGCUUAACCUAACCUUACAUAUAUGAGCACAGAGUAAAAGUAAGGAGACUGAAAUAAACAUGUGUAUUUCCAAGCAUUCCAUCCCACUACUUGAGGCUUCCAUUGGUGUUGAUUUGGUAACAAUGCACAGCUGAGGAUCAAAGACUCAGCAUGGUCUUCCUGGCUUAGAGACGUGACCAGGGGAGCUGUGACAAGUGACCCAGCUGCCUUGAGUCUGACUUUGUGUAGCAUACAGUGACUCAGCAUUAAACAUUGUUAACAGGUGUGUGGCAAGAAUUAAGGAAUACUUGAGGUCAUGGCAAUAAUAACUCUGCCUGUGAAUGAUGUUGUGUAUCUUAAAAUGUGUAUUAAAUUAAUUCCACCAGAACUCUUUUAUAAAAGUAUCUGAUCAGUGAAAUUGAAAUACAGUCUUAAUGGAUCAUAGUUGCACGAAUAGCGUGAAUUUGCAGCGUGUUUGAAGGCUCAAUCAGGUUAGUGAGUAAAAGUACAAGUCUGUGAUAGUUGGAAUAAGGCAUAUGUUCACCAUAUAUCAAGGCAGGAUGAGAAUAUGUAGACCAGACAGUGAGUAAAAGCCUCAAUCAGUAGGAAUGAGAUAAACUUACAGCAUGUUUCAAGGCAGGACAAUAACACAUAAGCCUUUUAAUAAAUGAGCAUCAGUCAGGCAGUUUUACCAUGUCUUGGCAUCCUCACCUGCCAUAGUUACUGCCACACACUAAUGACAUGGUAUAGUAUUAUUGUCUAUGCUUUAAGAUUUUGUUAUAUAUAGUGGAGAUGUGACUGCUAUUUCAUUUAGUAGUGAUUUGUUAGUAUUUUUCUUUGUGUUUGUGUCACAGAGUACAUGUUGCAUUCCAUAGUUUAGUAGUAUUGAUAUCUUUUUUUCUUUUUCUUUUUUGUUUUGGUGUUAUAGAUGAUGAGAUUCAGAUUGUCACCUCACUGUAGUAUUAUCAGCAGUCUGUCUUGAUAUUCUUUGUAUUUGCUGUAAUGUUUCUUGGUUUAGUGUUAUUGAUUUUUUUUCACAUCAUGUUAUUUGUAAAGUUUCAUUCUCCACCUCGCUGUAUCAAGAAGCUUUAUUUUUGUUUGCUUUAAUUUUUUUGCAUGUUGUAGUUAUUCUUAUUAAUUUUGAACUUUCAAUCUCCACCUCACUGCAUCAGAAAUCUUACCCUAUUGUUUAUUUAUUUAUAUUUCUCUUUACACUUUUCACAGCAUAACAUUCCUUACCAAAGUAUUAUUAUGAUUAUUACAGCUUUCUUAGAUAUUAUUUAUAAUGAAACUGACACACACUAUUGUAACUAAUUCUUAUUAUGUUAUUUACUUUUAUUGAUCUCUCUAUACUUGCUACAAACCUUGGCAUCAUAUUUCUUAGCAUUAUUAUCAUUUUUGCCUCUUUUAUAUUAUUGUCAUUAUUUAUGAUAAAAAUGUGUCAUAACAGGAGGCCUUUUUGUAUUUACUUUUAUUUAUCUCUAUUCUUGCUGCAAAACUCUACAUCCUAUUUCUUGGUAUUAUCUUUAUUUUUGUCUUUUUGUAUUAGUAUUGGCAUUUAUGAUGAAACUCGUAUCAUGGUAUUAUGAGGAAUCCAUAAUUAUGUUUUUAGUAGAGAGCAUAGCACUUUUCUUCUCUCCUCUGUUAAAAAUGUUACUAGUGUUACGCCAAAGUUGACACUCGUUAUAUAUGUUAUUAGUUGCUCUGCUCAGUUUUAUCAAGUAACUUAGUGAAUAAAUACUGUAACAUGA